CUUCCGCGAUCCAACUCUUGCGGCCGGGCUGUCGCGCUGCAGUCGAGUCUUACUGUAUAGUCCACGGGACACUGCGGAUACGCAGGGGUGUUUGUACUGCCUCCAGGAACACCAGUCUGCCCGUACCCCACUUGGAGGCCUCGGUCAUGUUCUUCAGGGCCCAGGUGAGGCGAGCUCUUCAGCGAGUGCCCGGGAAGCAGCGAUUCGGCAUCUACAGAUUCCUGCCAUUCUUUUUUGUCCUGGGAGGAACGAUGGAGUGGAUCAUGAUUAAAGUGCGCGUGGGGCAGGAGACCUUUUAUGAUGUCUACCGUAGAAAAGCUUCAGAAAGACAGUACCAGAAAAGGCUGGAAGAUACAUCAGAAGCCAAUCUUCAUAAGCUAAUAAAGUAAAUAUGCAUUUCAGUGUUAAUUUCA